AUGAGAGUGACAACAACAAAUCGAACAUCUAAACUUCAAACACCGACUAGAACUAAAACAUCAUCGACAACAAUACUUAAUGAGCAAACAGGUCAUUUACAAAAUGGAACUACUAUUGUUUCACCAACAUCAUCAAAUAAUGGUACAAUGCGUUUAAUAGAUUCAGGUGAUUAUUUAUCAACAGCCGUAUCACCACCCCAACAACAACAGCCAGUCACAACAUCAGCUAUGCUUCAAUUUUUACAACCAUCAUCUAAUGCAAUACAAAAUAUGCUUAUUCAACAAAUACUAACAAGUCCUGAACAGCAACGUCUACUUGUUGAAAAAAUCAAUCAACAAUUAAGUGAGCAAAUUCAACUUAAUCUUGUUCAACCACCUCCACUACCACCAACAAACACGUCGAAUUCUGACGUUAUUAAGCAAAUUCAAAAUCAACUAGCAAAUCAACAACUCCUUCUUCAACAAGUUUCCUCUAAACAACAGCAGCAACAACAACAGCAACAAAUACCUAGUUUAUUUAGUAUUACAAAUUCAAAUAAUUCCAAUCAACCAACAACAGCUACUGUUCAAUAUCUAACAACAACAACACCCAAUAAUUCAUCAGCUACUGAAUCUCCACCAGUGAUUUCAAUAUCAACACAUCCUCAAUCUCAACCAACAACGAUCAACCUCACAGAUCUGCUAACAGCAGGUCGAACCAUAACCGGUUUGAAUUUAAUCGGAACAAACAAUAAUAUUUCAGCUGAAGCUCGUAUUAUCAUGCCAACAGCAACAGCAACAACAACAACAAUAAAUCGUUCGACACAACAAGAUGCAUCAACCAAUUCAUUGUAUCAAAGAAAUUAUUGUCGUUGGCCAAGUUGUGAUACAUUAUGUUCAUCAUUGAUAGAUUUCAAUCGACAUCUCAACGAUGAACAUUCACUUGAUGAUCGUAGUGUUGCUCAAGCACGUGUACAACAACAUGUUGUUCAACAAUUAGAAGCGUUAUUGACACGUGAACGUGAAAUUCUUCAAGCUAUGAUGAAACAUUUGCAUGGCGGAAAUCAACCAUUAAAUUCGAAUGGUGCAUCAUCAUCGAAUCCAACAACAGCAACAGCACAUGUUAUAACACAUCAACCAUCGCGUACAUUAGCAUCUUACAAUAAUAAUCGUUCAGCACAAUUAGCAUCACCAACAUCGUCAUCGGCAACCACAUUUCAUCAUUUACCUAUUGUUAAACUAGAAAACGCUUAUCUAACAUCGACGGGCCUUAUAAAAAAAGCAACACAAGAUCUUUCAUCGACCAAUAAUGCCAAUGCACAAUCUAUACUACGUGCUAGUGCAUCGAGUUCACCGCCACCUGUUCAUACAGUUGAAGAAGAAGUAGGCGAUGAUACACAUGAAGAUGACGACGAUGACGACGACGAUGAUGAUGAUGAUAUUGUGGAUACGAAUGAAAAUACAUCAGCAUUAACAAGAUCUCAUGGCACGAAUCUAUCAAUUGUUUCUAUAGGUUCAACUGGAAAACAUCAAAUGAGCAGAAAAGCAAAAGGAAUGCUGGCAUUAGGUGGCAAAAAAGCUGGUAAAGGAAAAGAAUUAAAAAAUCGUGAAUAUUACAUGACACAUGAUGUUCGUCCACCAUUUACGUAUGCAACAUUGAUUCGUCAAGCCAUAAUCGAAUCUCCAGAUAAUCAACUAACAUUAAAUGAAGUCUAUAAAUGGUUCGAGAGUCAAUUUCUUUAUUUUCGUAAAAAUGCACAAACAUGGAAGAACGCUGUGCGGCAUAAUUUGUCAUUACAUAAAUGUUUUAUGCGCGUUGAGAAUAUCAAAGGUGCAGUGUGGACUGUAGAUGAAAAUGAAUUUUGUAAAAGACGUCUAACACGCGGAGUUGAAAAAGGAAAUAAUCAUAAUGAAUCAUCAUCAUCCUAUGGUCAUAACACGUCUGCUGGUGAUGAUCAAGCACUUUAUUCGUAUCCAUUUGGUAUGGAAGAUGAUUAUAAAGAUUUUAAAGGCCUUUUACAUUCACAUCAUGUCGAAGACGAAGAUGAUGAAAAUUCUGCUAGUGUUAAUGGUAAUCAUGGCCAACAUAAUGAACAAUCGAGAGACAUCAAUCAUAAUCAAUAUGAGCAAACUGAUGAUGACGAUGGACAAAAUGAUAUGAGUUUAACGCAUGGAGAUGAUGAGCAAGUGGAUGAAUAG